AUGUUCGAAUCUGCGGCAACAACCUUCGCUUCUAUUGCUGUCCUUGGCUUGGCCGGUUAUGCUUAUCAUAGGUAUUACAAGCGACUUGUCUUGCAGAAGAUAGAAAAUGCAUUCCAACCUGGAGACCCAGUUCUGGAGCUGGCCGCUUUGGGAAAGUCUGCCACUGGUAGCUCAACUCACAUUUCAGGCGCAAGAGAUGGUAAGGAUCAGAAUUGGAUCCUUCGUCCAGAGCAAGACAAGAUCGACGCUGUUGUGAAUGGUACUGAUAAAGGCAAAUAUCACCUCAUCAUUGGCGAAAAGGGAACGGGAAAAUCGUCGAUGCUUCUCGAAGCAAUGCGCAAGGUGGACGGAGAAGGCAUCUCUAUGUUUGAAGCCCACGCCGACCUUGAGAUUUUCCGAAUCCGGCUUGGGAAGGCUCUCGAUUAUGAAUAUCAUGAAGACUACAUCGGCAGCCUCUUUUCAAUUCGUGGACCACGAGAUACCACAGCUUUGCUCGACAUUGAGCGGGCUUUCAACAAAUUAGAGAAGUUAGCCAUGCAACGGAGGAAGCGCCGAAGAGGUCCUUUGAUCCUCAUUAUAAAUUGCACUCAUCUUAUCCGAGAUGAUGAUGAUGGACGUAAUCUGCUAGAGUUGAUACAGCAGCGAGCGGAGCAGUGGGCUGCUUCGAAUCUGUUAACGAUGGUCUUCAAUUCAGAUGACUACUGGGUCUACGAACGUCUCAAACGCUAUGCUACCCGCAUGGAAGUUGUACCAGUUCUCGAUCUUCCCAAGGAUCGUGCUAUUGCAGCCCUGGAGAAAUACCGCCGAAGGUAUUUUCCGGAACAAACGCUCUCGUCCGAAAUUCUGAGCCAGGUUUAUGAUCAGGUGGGCGGUCGACUUGCGUACCUAAAUCGGGUGGCAAAGAGUUCGAACAUGAUCCAUGCCUGCGAGAAGAUACGCGAAGCAGAAAAGACGUGGUUUUUGAACAAGUGCGGCAUCCUUGGAGAAGAGAUGGACGACGAUGUGAUGGAUCAACAGAAGUAUGCAUCCGCAGCCAUGGUCUUGGCAAGAGCUCUCGUGAAGGCUCAAGAUCAGAUGGAGGCUUCCUAUGACCCGAGGGAGGGCCACAAAUUACCCCAGAUACCACUCUACAAGGCUCGUCAAAUUAUGACCAGAGCAGAUUUCAUUCAGUCUUAUGAUCACGACAACAUCUUCACCAUCGAUUCAAGGGCCAAUGUCAGAGCAGACAGCGUACCAAUGAUGAACGCAUUUCGAGAGAUAUGCAGUGAGCCAGGAUUUGAUGACUUUCUUGAAGCGACACUUCAUAGAAUCAGUGCCAUCGAGAGCCUCAACAGGACAAAAGAGCUGACGCUGAAAGAUCUAUGGAUUGAACAGCGUGGCGAAAUACGUGGCAAGUAUCUAGCAGUGAUGAAAGACAGCAAGGGGCGUGAUACUGGUACUUUGGAAUUUGCUAUCAAGCCCAACGAGAACCUAGAAGAUGAUGACGCGGGGUGA